AUGCUCCACGUUCCCCUGCGCACCGCCCCCCGCGCCCUCUCCCUGCGCCUCACCCGCGCCCUCGCAACUCACGCAAGCCCGCCGCCCGCCGCGUCCGCCGUGCGGCACGACUGGACACGGGCAGACGUGCAGCAGAUCUACGACUCGCCGCUGCUCGCGCUCGUGUUCCGCGCGGCGUCGGUGCACCGCGCCCACCACGACGGGUCCAAGAUCCAGCUGUGCACGCUGAUGAACAUCAAGACCGGAGGAUGCUCCGAGGACUGCUCGUACUGCUCGCAGUCGUCGCGGUACGCGACGCCGACGCAGGCCGCGCGGCUGCUCGAGGUGGAGCCGGUGCUCGAGGCCGCGCGCAAGGCCAAGGCGAACGGGAGCACGCGGUUCUGCAUGGGGGCUGCGUGGCGCGACCUGGCGGGGCGCAAGCGCGGGUUUGAGCGCAUCCUCGAGAUGGUGCGCGGGGUGCGCGGGAUGGGCAUGGAGGUGUGCACGACGCUGGGGAUGCUGUCGCCUGCGCAGGCGCGGCAGCUCAAGGAGGCGGGCCUGACGGCGUACAACCACAACCUGGACACGUCGCGCGAGUUUUAUCCCGAGGUGAUCACGACGCGGUCGUACGACGAGCGACUGGAGACGAUCAGUGCGGUGCGGGACGCGGGGAUCAGUGUGUGCUCUGGGGGGAUCCUGGGGCUGGGGGAGACGGACAAGGACCGGGUGGGGCUGAUCUGGGAGGUGGCCAACAUGCCUGAACAUCCCGAGUCGUUCCCGGUGAAUGCGCUUGUGCCGAUUGAGGGCACGCCGCUGGAGAACAACGAGCCCAUUGCGUAUCCGACGCUGCUCCGGACGAUUGCGACUGCGCGGGUGGUGCUCCCAGAGACAAUCAUCCGGCUCGCGGCUGGGCGGCAGACCCUGGACGAGGCGAAGCAGGCAAUGUGCUUCAUGGCGGGGGCCAACGCAAUCUUUACGGGGGAGCAGAUGCUGACCACACCCUGUUCACCGUGGGACGAGGACCAGGCGAUGAUGGGACGGUGGGGGCUGGAGGGCAUGCGCAGCUUCGAGCAGGCCGCCGUUGCGCAGAAGGAGGGGCCCAGGCUGUCGGCGCCGGCGGAGGCCAGUCGGUGA